AUGCUCGUCGCCAGCGCCGAAUUCGUGCAGCUUCUACUCGGCGUGUCUCGAGAAAGGGAUCGCCUGUGGGCCGGACGGCUACGCUCUCGCUUAUGGAGACCGCUACUGCAACCGCUUCUCAGCCGCAAGCCCACAGCUCUCCGCCAGCGGCCAGGAAUGGGUCACCAAGACGAUGCUCUGUCUGCAGCAGAAACUGGUGCCUGUGGCCCUGGGGAAGAUGAGCAGGUCUCGACCUGUCCGGCCGUGAGGGAGUUUGCCUUCUCGACGCAUCCGGAGUGCUACAUCGAGGGGGGUGUCUGUCUGCUGCCCCCGACGGACUGGCUGGUCAUUGUGGGCACGGUUGGCUUUACGGAGCUGUUUGAUAGCAUCGAGGCCCUGGCUGCCACGCUGAAGACCGUCAAGGGCUGUCUCGACUUUUAUCUCUGGCUCAUCAGGAACAAUUUCAUCCAUCAGCCGUUGGACUCAAACUCGGUCCAAUCCAACUAA